UCUCUUGAGUUUUCAGUUCAGCAACGUAGGCAGGAUUGAAACAACAUUAGUACUAUUCCCUGAAAAUGGAGAGUUGUUCUCUGCAAUCAUCAGCUAUAACCACCAUACCAACCUCAUUAACCAAAUGUGGGUUCAUUGAGAAACCUUCUAUUCAUGGUCAGUUCCUCAAGUUUCCUAAUUUAAGUAAGUUCGCACAUUCAAGAAAGCUCAAGAUUCUAGACAUCAAAGCUCAAGCUUCAGUUGCUGUAAAAUUCAGCUCUGGGGCAGUUGAGGCAAUUUCAAAAGAAAUGGAAACAAAAGAUGAGAAUCUUGCAUUUGUCGCUGGUGCUACUGGCAAAGUUGGCUCAAGAGCAGUGAGGGAGCUUCUCAAGCUUGGAUUUCGAGUUAGAGCUGGUGUCAGGAGUGCCCAGAAAGCAGAAGCUCUUGCGCAGAGUGUUAAGGAAAUGAAGCUUGAUGUUGAAGGAUCUCAGCCUGUGGAAAGGCUUGAAACUGUGGAAUGUGAUUUGGAAAAACCGAAUCAGAUUGGACCAGCAUUAGGCAAUGCAUCCGUGGUUCUAUGCUGCAUUGGUGCCAGUGAGAAGGAGGUGUUUGAUGUUACAGGACCUUGUCGGAUUGACUACCGGGCUACUAAAAACCUAGUCGAUGCAGCAACUGUUGCAAAGGUCGACCAUUUUAUUAUGGUUUCAUCAUUGGGAACGAACAAAUUCGGAUUUCCUGCAGCUAUUCUAAAUUUGUUUUGGGGUGUCCUAAUUUGGAAGAGGAAAGCAGAAGAAGCACUCAUAGCAAGUGGUGUUCCUUACACUAUAGUGAGACCUGGUGGAAUGGAGAGGCCUACUGAUGCUUACAAGGAAACCCAUAACCUUACUGUUUCAGAGGAAGAUACUCUAUUUGGUGGCCAGGUGUCAAAUCUUCAGGUUGCGGAAUUUAUGGCGUUUAUGGCCAAAAACCGUGGGCUUUCAUAUUGUAAAGUGGUGGAAGUAAUUGCAGAGACAACUGCACCUUUGACUCCUAUGGAUGAACUGCUCGCAAAAAUACCAUCUCAACGUGUUGAACCAAAGAAAUCAGACGCAGCAGAACUGCCUAAGUCUGUGCCUCCUAAGAUUGUCGAACCUGAGGCUCCAAGCCCUCCCUCUCAGAGAGAACCUGCCCAGGCAAAAGCUGUGGUUACCAGGCCACUCUCUCCUUAUACUGCUUAUGAAGAUUUGAAACCGCCUACUUCUCCCAUUCCGACUCAACCUAGCGGCAAGAAAGAAAAUGUCAAUUCGGUUGAAGCAGUAUCAAUGCUUGAUACUCCGGAUCCUUCUCCUGCGUCAGCAUCCGGAAUAGCUGAGACAAAACCAGCCCCAGUAGAAACAAAGACAGCAAGGCCUCUUUCUCCUUAUGUUGCUUAUGAUGAUCUCAAACCCCCCACAUCACCAUCUCCAACUGCACCGGUGGGAUUAGUCGCAAUAACUGCACCGGCAGUGCCUAAGACAGGUAAUAGCGCACCUCCAACAGCUGCAAUUGACAAUCAGCGUCAUGAAGAACCAAACCCAAGGCCACUUUCACCUUAUCCCAUAUAUGAUGAUCUCAAACCCCCCACAUCACCAUCUCCAACUGCACCAGUGGGAUUAGUCGCAACAACCUCCUCCAUAAAUGCAGUGUCUAAGACAGGUAACAACGCACCUCCAACAGCCGCAAUCGACAAUCAGCAUCAUAAAGAACCAAACCCAAGGCCACUUUCACCUUAUCCCAUGUAUGAAGACUUAAAACCUCCAGCUUCUCCAACGCCGUCACUGAAGCUAUAGGCUGAUCUAAUACAGAGCUAAGUAUCAAUCAUGACAUUACAAUUGGGAAUUCGUGCAGCAUUUUUACUUGCAACCUAUGAAGAGGCUAGCAGCAGAAAUUGCGGAAUUCUUUCUAUGUUUUUUAUAAUAAAGUUUAUGUUGUAAUAUUUUUCUUAUCGACUCUAUCUUGAUUAUUCUUUUGACCAAUUUGAUGUAAACUCAGCAAAAUCAAUUCGACAGUUUUACCUAUUUUUUCUUCCAA